AUGCAAAUAACUGUCCUUUAUUUCUCUCAGUCUGCAAGGUUUAACAAAUAUUUAGGCCCUUUAGGGUCUAAUAUUAAAUUAAAUAAUACCUAUUUAGUAUCAGGCUUUUUUAAAUUCUCAACGUCAGGGAAAAUGAUGCUUGUGGCAACUGAUAUUGAUUAUAUAAAAGUAUCAGAUAUUAAUAACAUCAAAAGUGAAAUUACAUCUUCAUCAACAUCAAAUACUCGGUCAAUCAUUGAUAUUAUUGCCGAAGAUAUUGAAUCUAUUAAUUUGUCAAAUAAGCAAGACUUUAAUACAACUCUCGAAUCUUCCAAUACUUUAACAGACAAUAUUGAUGAUGACAUGAUCCCUAAUUUAUCCCGUGAAAGAAAAAAACCUUAUAGUCAAGUAGAUCAUAUCGAUUUAGACGAGCAAGCUGAAGAAAGUGAAAAACAAACGGAGCAUGAAGAAGAUAUAAAUUCACAAGAUGAUAGUAAGGAUCAAGAAGAAAACUUUCAACCUAAAAAAAGAAAAAAAGUACCAGAAGUACGAAAGGAAAAAAAAAAGUUAGAUGAAAACGUAUAG